UGACCACAUGUUCAUUCCCUUCUGCGUAGCUACGCUAGAGUGUGUUCCGGAGCCUCGGCACACAUUUUAUUAUCAAAAAAAAAACACAAAAAAAAUAUAUAAAAUAAAUAAACACAAGGGAAGAUUAUUUUUUUGUAAGAAAAAGAAAAAAAAACUCGGUGAAGCAGGAUUUAACAAGUAACCCGUCGAAAAUAGGACGAGAUUUCGGAAGAGAAGGUCAUUUUGUUCCAUUUUGAUAACAUUGCUGGAAAGGCGUGGGGUGAUUUCAUUUUAAUAGUUCGCCGAGACAUUUUAUUAUUAUUUUUAUUAGCUUGAAGCUAUAACGUAGCAGGGGAUUUUUUGUUUUGUUUAUCGAUAUCGCAUCUGUUAUUAUUGUAACGUUAACUAGUCGUCGUUUAAGAAAUAUUGUAGCUACUAUUAAACUUUAUUUUUGGUAAUUUAUUUCCUCCCGAAGGUAACGUUAGCUCGCUUAGACACCAGGUAGCAGAAUUAGCCAACCGGCCCGCAUUGCUUUUUUUUGGGGCCUAAGUGCGAAGUAGUUAACGUCCAAAACAUUUUAUUUUAUUUCAUUUUUUUUUUUUUUUAGCAAACAGCAAAUCUUCGGUGUCAUAAGACACCAUUUCACAGACGUUAACCUGCCAACGUAACGUGUUUAUUCCCCUCCCGUAUUAUUUAAAAACCAAAACCCCGAUCCGGUAGACAUGAAUCCAAGCGCCCCCAGCUACCCGAUGGCCUCCCUGUACGUGGGCGACCUGCACCAGGAUAUCACCGAGGCCAUGCUGUACGAGAAGUUCAGCCCCGCCGGGCCCAUCCUCUCCAUCCGGGUCUGCAGGGACAUGAUCACUCGUCGAUCCCUCGGAUAUGCCUACGUUAACUUUCAACAACCAGCCGAUGCUGAACGUGCCCUGGACACCAUGAACUUCGACGUCAUCAAAGGGAGACCUCUGCGUAUCAUGUGGUCUCAGCGUGACCCUUCCCUGAGGAAGAGUGGUGUGGGCAACAUCUUCAUCAAGAACCUGGACAAGUCCAUUGACAACAAGGCCCUCUAUGACACCUUCUCGGCGUUCGGAAACAUCCUAUCGUGCAAGGUGGUUUGUGACGAGAAUGGCUCAAAGGGCUAUGGCUUUGUGCAUUUUGAGACCCAGGAGGCGGCUGAAAGAGCCAUUGAGAAAAUGAACGGCAUGCUGCUCAAUGACAGAAAAGUGUUCGUCGGGCGUUUCAAAUCCCGCAAAGAGCGCGAGGCCGAGCUUGGAGCCAGGGCCAGAGAGUUCACCAACGUGUACAUCAAGAACUUCGGAGAGGACAUGGACGACGAGAAGCUCAGGGAGCUGUUUGGGAAAUAUGGACCGGCCCUGAGCAUCAGGGUGAUGACGGACGACAGCGGGAAGUCCCGAGGGUUCGGCUUCGUCAGCUUUGAGAGGCACGAGGAUGCUCAGAGGGCUGUAGACGAGAUGAACGGGAAGGAUUUCAACGGGCGACAGGUCUACGUGGGCCGAGCCCAGAAGAAGGGAGAGCGCCAGACGGAGUUGAAACGCAAGUUUGAACAGAUGAAGCAGGACCGUAUGACCCGCUACCAGGGGGUCAACCUGUACGUCAAGAAUCUGGACGAUGGCCUCGACGACGAGCGGCUGAGGAAGGAGUUCUCUCCUUUCGGUACCAUCACCAGCGCCAAGGUGAUGAUGGAAGGUGGUCGCAGCAAGGGCUUCGGCUUCGUGUGCUUCUCCUCCCCGGAGGAGGCCACCAAGGCCGUGACGGAGAUGAACGGGCGCAUCGUGGCCACCAAGCCUCUGUACGUGGCGCUGGCCCAGAGGAAAGAGGAGCGCCAGGCUCACCUCACCAACCAGUACAUGCAGAGGAUGGCCACCGUCCGGCCCGUACCCAACCCGGUCCUCAACCCCUACCAGCCUGCCCCUCCUUCUGGGUACUUCAUGGCUGCCAUCCCCCAGACUCAGAACCGCGCCGCCUACUACUCCACCAAUCAGCUGGCUCAGCUGAGGCCAGGCCCACGCUGGGCCACCCAGGGCGUCAGACCACAACACUUCCAGAACAUGCCCAACGCCAUGCGUCCGUCCGCCCCCAGGCCGCAGACCUUCGGUGCCAUGAGGCCCUCGUCCUCCCAGGUGCCACGCAUGAUGGCCGGCCAGAGAAUGGCCACCCAGGCCCUGGGCCAGCGUCCUGCCGGUGCGGCGGCUGCUGCAGCCCCGGUGAGGAUGCCUCAGUACAAGUAUGCAGCAGGCGUGAGGAACCCCCAGCAGCACAUGGCCAGCCAGCCCCAGGUGCCCAUGCAGCAGCCGGCUGUCCACGUCCAGGGACAGGAGCCUCUGACGGCCUCCAUGCUGGCGGCUGCUCCUCCUCAGGAACAGAAGCAGAUGUUGGGCGAGCGUCUGUUCCCUCUCAUCCAAAACAUGCACCCUAGUCUGGCUGGAAAGAUCACCGGCAUGCUGUUGGAGAUAGACAACUCCGAGCUGCUCCACAUGCUGGAGUCUCCCGAGUCUCUCCGCUCCAAGGUGGACGAGGCUGUCGCUGUGCUGCAGGCUCACCAGGCCAAGGAGUCCGCCCAGAAGCCCACCAACCCCGCCGGAGUCCCCAGCUAAGAACCG